GUCCCGCCGGGGGCUGCGGCCCGGGCCGCGGGGACUGGGAACCCCAAGCUGGGUCGAUCUUCGGGGUGAGGGAGGAUCUAGGAAGCAGGGCGACUUCCAGGCUCCCUCCCGGAGCCACCGGCAACGGUGGCGUUAUGGACUGAGUUAUUUUAUACAGAAAUCCUGUGAGACCACUGUGCAAGCAAGGUGAUGACUAUACAAAGAGUGGUACUGAAUUCUCGACCUGGAGAAACUGGUAAUCCGGUGGCAGAAAAUUUCCGAGUAGAAGAAGUAAAUUUACCAGAUAAUAUCAAUGAAGGACAAGUAAAGGCCAGAACUCUUUAUCUUUCUGUGGAUCCUUACAUGCGUUGUAGAAUGAAUGAGAACACUGGCACUGAUUAUUUAACACCUUGGCAGCUGUCUCAAGUGGUGGAUGGUGGAGGUAUUGGGAUUAUAGAAGAAAGCAAACACACCAAUUUUUCUAAAGGCGAUUUUGUGACUUCUUUCUUUUGGCCCUGGCAAACCAAGGUUAUUCUGGAUGGAAAUAGCCUUGAAAAGGUAGACCCGCAACUUGUGGAUGGGCACCUCUCAUACUUUCUUGGGGCUGUGGGUAUGCCUGGCUUGACUUCCUUGUUUGGGAUACAGGAAAAAGGUCACGUGGCUGCUGGAUCUAAUCAGACGAUGGUUGUUAGUGCAGCUGCUGGUGCCUGUGGAUCCCUGGCUGGGCAGAUUGGCCAUUUGAUGGGCUGUUCUAGAGUGGUGGGAAUUUGUGGAACACACGAGAAGUGCCUCAUUUUGACCUCAGAACUGGGCUUUGAUGCUGCAAUUAAUUAUAAAGAGGGGAAGGUGGCAGAACAGCUCCGUGAAUUAUGCCCAGCUGGAGUGGAUGUUUACUUUGACAGUGUUGGUGGUGACAUCAGUGAUGCCGUGAUAAGUCAGAUGAAUCAAAACAGCCACAUUAUCCUGUGUGGUCAAAUUUCUCAGUACAACAAAGACGUGCCUUAUCCUCCUCCAUUACCCCCUGCUGUAGAAGCAAUCCGGAAAGAAAGAAACAUCACAAGAGAAAGAUACCUGGUGAUAAAUUAUAAGGACAAAUUUGAGUCUGGUAUUCUACAGCUGAGUCAGUGGUUUAAAGAAGGAAAGCUAAAGAUCAAAGAGACUAUGAUAAAUGGGUUGGAAAACAUAGGAGCUGCAUUCCAGUCCAUGAUGACAGGAGGUAACAUCGGAAAGCAGAUGGUUUGCAUUUCAGAAAAAACCUCUUUGUAAUCUCUGUAAAUGUCUUCAUCAGGGAAAUAGAGAUUUCUUUUCAUUUUGCAUAGAUUUUCAAGAUGUAUUUUUUAAAAGUUCAUUGAGAACAGAUAGCUUUUGAUUUAAAUGUGAUCAUAGGUGGUAUUUUCUUAGUUGCAUAAUUCAUUCCAGUAUCUUCAAUAUAUGUGUACUCUACAUCCAACAUGAUUAUUUUCAGUAAUAGAUUGACAUCAACAUGAUCUAUUUUUCUUUCUUUUGCUAAAAUAUUACAUAUGAUAUUUUUCAGGUUUCUGAAACUAUUGGAGAUUUGCUAUAACUGUUUAAUGGCUCAUACAAAUUAGAUUUUUAAAAUCAGUAACUUUUAUUUAAAACAAUGCUUGAGAAGGCACUUAGUCAAUAUAUGUUGAACUGGAAAUGCUUUACAUAAUUCUCGAACUGAAAUUUGGCAUAUGAUAAAAGCAUUUUUUUUUAGGUUAGCAAGUACAUACUGUCAAAUGUAAAGAUUUUGAGGGCAAAUAGGUACAAAAAACACUUGGAAUUUUGGGUGAUUUAGACAAAGAAGGCAGCUUCAGAAAAUGACAGGACUGACUGGGCAAAUGAACAAAUGGUUGUAAACAUGAAUGUUCAAGAUCUACUAAUGCACCUCUAAAUAAGAGAGUUUGUUUUAUUAAUAGUAAUCCUUUAGAACAAUAAAAUUGAGGAUUUUUUCUGAA